UUCCGUCUUUGGGCAAAAUCCGAGCUCCACGGCCGCAUCUGAAGCUGCUCUGAUUUGCAGAGAAAAUCUAGAGGACGACUAGAAAGAGAAAGUAGAGAGAGAGAGAGAGAACGCGAAGAACAGAAGCUGCGCAGCGAAGAGGGGAAGAAGGAGAGAUAGCUGGAGGUGGAGGAAGAGGAGGAGGAGGAGGAGGAGGGUUAGGAGGGUUGAAGGCGAUCCAAUCAAGGCCCCUCCCUUCAUCUCUCCCGCAACCAAUCAGUAAGCCGCCGAGUCUCUCCCUGUCGAUCCCUCCCGUCUCUCCCGUCUCCGUCUUCUCCCUCCCACUCUCCCUCUCGUGCUUCCGGGCGCCGUCGUGCUCGGCCGUCGGAUCUCCGAUUCGCGGUUGCGGGCGGGUUCGAUCGAAUCGGCUGGAUCUCCCGGUCGCGCGCUCGAUUUCUCGGCUCGGAUUACCUUUCUGCGGCGAGGGCUUUUUCUAGUUUUGCGGUGGUGUUUUGGUAUCGAUGCUUGAUACAAGGAGACAUGUUGGAGGGGCGUUCCUGUCUGGUUCCGAGGAUGUUCUCGAGCUCCUGCCAGCCGGAGACCAACUGGUCUCGCCAGACUUGUAGGCUUGAGGUGGAAAUCUGCGGCGGCAGCGGCGGCGGCGGCACUGGGGGCUGUGGCAAGCGCCGGCGCGAUGCUGACAUGGAUGAUUAUCGGCGAAGGUUCAAGCAGUUCGAUUCUCCAGAUGGAACUUCUUGGGAUUGGCAUGGAAAGGAUCUCCUAUAUGAAGAAGGGAAGUCUGAUGGUAGGAGUGUUUCUGACAUUGUUGAUGUUGAAGAGGGUCUCCUGUAUGAUGAUAGGAAAGAAGAUUGCAGACAAGAAGAUGGAAAGUCCGAUGAUAGGAGUGUUUUCGACACUGGUAAUGUGGAAGAGGGUGUCCUAUGUGAUUAUACAAAAGAAGAUCUCAGACAAGAGGAAGGCAGUGUACAUCAGGCUUUUUUGUGUGAAGAAUCCGAUAAUCAACGUCACGCUGGGGAUUCUUCACAUUCAAAUUCCCUUAUCAACUCCAUUGGCAGGGAUAUGUCAAUUAACUGUCUUAUUCGUUGCACAAGAUCUGAUUAUGGUUCCAUUGCCUCAUUGAAUAAGAGUUUUCAAUCAUUGGUUAAAACCGGUGAGCUCUAUAAAAUGAGGAGACAGAAUGGUAUUGUCGAGCACUGGAUUUAUUUUUCUUGCAACUUGCUCGAAUGGGAUGCUUACGACCCAAUACGUGGUCGAUGGAUGCACCUUCCAAGAAUGAUGUCAGACGAAUUAUGCAUUUUUUCUGACAAAGAGUCCUUGGCAGUGGGCACCGAGCUUCUUGUAUUUACUACGUACAGGAUAUACAGAUAUAGCAUUCUAACAAAUUCUUGGUCCUCUGGAGGCAGGAUGAAUGCUCCGAGAUGCCUGUUUGGAUCUGCCAGUCUCGGAGAGAUAGCAAUCGUAGCUGGUGGGCAGGAUCCUGAUAAUAACAUACUGAGCUCUGCGGAGAUGUACAACUCCGAAACUCAUAAAUGGCAUCCCCUUCCAAGCAUGCACAAAGCAAGGAAGAAGUGUUCUGGAGUGUUUAUGGAUGGCAAGUUCUACGUAAUUGGUGGGAUUGGUGGUAGUGAAGGGAAGGUUCUCACAUGUGGGGAGGAAUAUGAUUUAAAGACGGGACGAUGGACUGAAAUCCCUGAUAUGUCCCCCGGAAGAGAGACUGACAUACCUGCUACAGCCGAAGCACCUCCUUUGGUUGCGGUCGUGAACAAUGAACUGUACUCCGCUGAUUAUGCAAACAUGGAAGUGAGAAAGUACAGUAAGGUGCGACGGAUGUGGUUUCCGGUGGGCAGACUUCCUGAAAGCGCAGCCUCAACAUAUGGAUGGGGCCUUGCUUUCCGAGCUUGUGGAGACAGCCUCAUUGUCAUUGGCGGACCUCAAAAUUUCAUCGAGCUCAACUCUUGGGUUCCAAGUGAAGGCCCUCCAAGGUGGAACUUGCUUGCCAGGAAGCGAUCAAGUAACUUUGUCUAUAAUUGUGCUGUCAUGGGAUGCUGAGUCGCCGGAUAGUCCUAUGCCACGCCCUGUAGCGCUUCCUUACACGAUGAGUUGAGCAAGGGUAUAAGGUUCGUUGCAAGAGUUGCUUGUGGCGGUACUAUCCCCUUCUUUCAGUCUGGAUUGGGAGAGAAGAAGCUAGGAGUUUCUGGUUUUUCUUGAUUUUAUAGAUGUUCUCUUAACAAGGGGUCUUGAUUGUCUUUCACAGGCUUUUUUUAAUCACAAUGCUUUUGCAAAUUUGGAGUUGGUGCCUAGUGCCUCCUCCUUUGCAGCGACGUGCAGUAUUUCAGGGAAUGGUCUCUCACAUCGAUGGAGUCAAAUAAUACAUAGUACCAAUUGCUCCACUCGGGGCGAUGCCCGCAUUUUCUUCUCUUUUAUCUGAUAUUCAAAGCCACUCGUCCGGAUCUAA